GCGGCGCCGCUCCACCGCUCCGCAGGUCCUGGUUCUACUUCAGCGUGCGGGGGGGGGCCCCGGGGAAGCUGAUCAAGCUGCACAUCCUGAACAUGAACAAGCAGAGCCGGCUGUACGCGCAGGGCAUGACCCCCUUCGUGCGCACCCUGCCCGUGCGGCCGCGCUGGGAGCGCAUCCGGCAGCGGCCCAGCUUCCAGGUGGUGGAGACGCAGUUUGUGCUGUCCUUCGUGCACCGCUUCCUGGAGCACCGCGGGGCCACCACCUACUUUGCCUUCUGUUAUCCCUUCUCCUACACCGAGUGCCAGGACAUGCUGGCACAGCUGGAUGGCCGCUUCCAGGACUGCAGGCACAUGUCUCCCAGCAGCCCCCUCGACUCAGUCUACUACCACCGGGAGCUGCUCUGCCACUCUUUGGACAAGCUGCGUGUGGACCUGCUGACCAUCACCUCCUGCCAUGGCAUGCAGGAGAAGCGGGAGCCCCGGCUGGACAAGCUUUUCCCAGACACCAGCACACCCCGGCCUCGCUGCUUCACUGGAAAGAGGGUGUUUUUCCUCAGCAGCAGAGUCCACCCAGGAGAAACCCCCUCCAGCUUUGUCUUCAAUGGCUUCCUGGACUUCAUCCUGCGGGAGGAGGAUCCCCGUGCCCAGAUGCUGCGGCGGAUGUUCGUCUUCAAGCUCAUCCCCAUGCUGAACCCCGACGGGGUGGCACGGGGCCACUACCGAACCGACUCGCGCGGGGUGAACCUGAACCGGCAGUACCUGCAGCCCGACGCCGAGCUGCACCCCGCCGUGUACGGGGCCAAAGCCGUCCUGCUCUACCACCACAUCCACAGCCGUGUCCUGCCAGGCUCCCCCGACUGGAGGACGUUUGUCUCCCCACUCAGCACCAGCUCACUGAGCAUAAAAUCUCCCAACCGUCCCGUCCCAGCCGUGGAGGCCACGUUAUCAGAGCUGGACAAAACCAACAACCUCCGCAACGCCCCCGGCACCUGGCGUGCCAGCACCCACCCGUGCCUGGCCCAGGAUGCCCAGCUGUCAGACGGCGCAGAGCGAGCCAGCUGGAUCCUGCCAUCGAGCCACACCACCGAGCACUGUGAAGAGGGGCUGUGGGCGCCUCCCCCAGCCCCCGUCCCCAGAGCUGCUGAGCCCCCUGAGCCCAUUGCACCCCGGGACAGUGGCCUGGCUUACUACGUGGACCUGCACGGCCACGCCUCCAAGCGCGGCUGCUUCAUGUACGGCAACAGCUUCAGCGACGAGAACGACCAGGUGGAGAACAUGCUGUUCCCCAAACUCAUCUCCCUGAACUCGCCUCACUUUGACUUCAUGGGCUGUAACUUCUCGGAGAAGAACAUGUACGCGCGGGACAAGCGGGACGGGCAGUCCAAGGAGGGCAGCGGGCGCGUGGCUGUCUACAAGGCCCUGGGCAUCAUCCACAGCUACACCCUGGAGUGCAACUACAACACGGGGCGCUCGGUGAACAGCAUCCCGGGGGCCUGCCACGACAAUGGCCGUGCCAGCCCCCCGCCGCCGCCCGCCUUCCCCUCCCGCUACACCGUGGAGCUCUUCGAGCAGGUGGGCCGGGCGGUGGCGGUGGCGGCCCUGGACAUGGCCGACUGCAACCCCUGGCCGCGGAUCGUGCUCUCGGAGCACACCUGCCUGGGCAACCUGCGCGCCUGGAUGCUGAAGCACGUGCGGGGGCUGCGCGGCACCGCCGGGGGCCCGCGGAGGAGAGGAGGUGCCAGGACCCCCCCCAGGAGCUCCACCGGGCUGCCCACCUCAGCCUCUGACAACACACUGGCCCGUGCCAGGAGCUUCAGCAACGGCACCAGCGGGAGCGGGGGCAGCCAGCAGGAGUCCCCCCGGAUCCGAGCCUCCCCCAGCUUCACCUUCGGCAGCCCCAGGCCCCCGGCGGCGGCCGCGGCCUCCCAGAGCCCCCCGAGCGGCAGCAGCACCCCGGCCCUGGGCAGAGGGACUCUGCCCAAGGGCACCCGGGCAGCACUGAGCACCAGCCACGGACCACGGGAGGCCCAGCGAGGCGUGGGAGAGCCCCAGGACAUGGCACCUCUGCAGGUUCUCCCCAUGAAGCUGAAUGCCCGGAGAGGCUCAGAAAGGCCUGGGACUCUGCCUGGAGGCCUCCGUUCCCGCCCCGAGGGUGCUGAGCACCGAGGGACCCUUCCUGUGCUGGGGCAGAGCCCCGCACCCCCAGCUACAUCCCCGCCGCUCCGGGGAGCUGCGGCACGGGCAGGGCUCUCACGGCCCUGCUCUGCCCCGUGGCGGCAGCCCCUGGGCAAGGGCACCGUGCUGGUGGCGCCCCUGUCCCUGCCCGCGGCCGCAGGAGGGGAGUCGAUGACG